AUGGCAGAUGAAACUACUUCAUCAUCUCCAACCAUUGAUCCCUGCGAAUACCUUCAGUUCUUCCCCAAUCCCGACGGUACUGCCACUCGCAAAAGCAACGUACUCCUAUCUAAGACCAUAUCCGAUCCUGACCCUCGAGUUCUCUUCAAAGAUGUCCCCAUCAGCACUUCAAACAACACCUGGGCUCGCAUAUUCCUUCCCCGUCAAGUACUUGAUUCUUCUUCCACCACCAAGCUUCCUCUCAUAGUUUAUUAUCACGGCGGAGGCUUCAUUCUCGGAAGCCUAGACGACAGACUUUUCCACGAUUUUUGCUCAAACGUGGCGCUUGAAUAUCCUGCUGUAGUUGUCUCCGCCCAGUACAGGCUUGCCCCGGAGCACCGUCUUCCAGCCGCUUACGAUGACUCCAUGGAAGCAUUGCACUGGAUCAAAACUACGCAAGAAGAGUUGUUGAAAAAAUAUGCCGAUUUCUCUUCAUGUUUCUUAAUGGGGCCUAGUGCAGGUGCAAACACAGCGUACCAGGUAGGACUGCGUGCAGCGGCACAAGUUGAAGACAUAUUGCCAUUGAAGAUCAAAGGGCUCAUACUGCAGCACCUUUUCAUUGGUGGGGUGAAGAGGACGGAGUCCGAGUUGAGGUUGAUUAAUAAUCCAAUUUUUCCAGUAUGUGCUAGUGAUUUAAUGUGGGAAUUCUCAUUACCACAUGGCGCUGACCGUGAUCAUGAGUAUUGCAAUCUAACGGUGGGUGGUGGGUCAGAUGUCUUAGAUCAAAUCAAGCAACUUGGAUGGAAGGUAUUGAUCACAGCAACUACUGGGGACCCAAUGAUUGACCGUCAGGUUGAGAUGGCGAGAAUGAUGGAACAAAGGGGAGUUCAAGUGAAAAGUCAUUACGAUGAAGGAGGUUAUCAUGGAAUUGACGUUAUUGAGCCUGAAAAGCGUAAGGCUGUGCCUGUUAUCAUGAAAGAAUUUGUGAAUUCAGCCAUGGCUCCUCAGUCAGUGAAGGAUAUUGUUGGUUGAUUGGAGAUUUCAGAUUUGUCAUGUUUUCUUUCAGUACUGAUAAAAUAAAAAAUUGAUAGGUGUUGGAGUAACGUUUCCGAAACCGUUGAAUAUUCAAUGGUUCAAAAGUCAAAGUGAAUAGACAUUGUUGAUGCUACCAAGAUGAAGGACCUGCAAAUUAUCCUAAAAAAUUUCGUUUUGUCUUAAGAUAUUUUGUUGCUUACUUGAAAUUCUGCUGUUUGCCUUGGACUUCUAUUUGCUUUGUUAUGACGAUUAAUUGAUGGUGAUGUAUUGCAAGCUCAUGCUUGGCGAUAAGAAGAUUGUUUGAGACAGCGUUUUUUAUUCAAUUUCUUAUGUUUUUAUUUUUCCUAAUUGUUAAAGUGCUAUUCAAGCAA